UCCGAUCGCCGCCCGUCGGCGGUGUCGUCUCUCCCGUAGACACUGUACGAGAAGCUGAGGACUCCGUUGGCCCUUCACCACUCCAUCCCCUUGUCUCGGCCAAAUGGAUGAGCGGCCCGCGGACCUCGCCGACGUGCCUUGUCUCCGAACAUCACGCCCUCGUGGAAACGUAUCGACGCGCAGGAAGACGGGGUUGCAGUCCCGGAGGGAGAUCUCCUCCUGGUUGAAUCGCGUCUCGUGCUUCCACUCGGGGUCGCCGUCGCAUUCCUCGACGGUCAGAGUCCGUUUGUUGCUGGUUCUGGGCGAGCUUCUUGCUCGGGUCGUCGCCGACGAUGGAGGAAGAAGAAGAAAAGAAACUGAGAAGAGAGAGAGUAAAAGGAGAAGACGAAGAGGUGUACAUGUGACGGUCAGUCUGCGAAUUCAAGUAUAUCCUAUUUGGCACUGUUCAAGCACGCAAUAUUAUAUCCACUGUUAGUGUCCGCCCGGCUCGCGAGGCAUGGCACUGUUCGUAGUCAUGGCUCGGAAAUGGAGAGACGAAGUAGUUGAUUGACGCACGCCUCUCAAUCUCGCCAUUAUUAAAUUCAAAGCCAAGCUCAGACUCUCGCAGGUUAAGCUCACUUUGUCAUCUCUGUCGAUCCGCUUCUCCCUGUCUGACGCCAUGGAUCCAUCCAAGUAUCGUCCGUCAAGCGCUUACGAUUCCAGCUUUUGGACAACCAACUCCGGUGCUCCUGUGUGGAACAAUAACUCAUCACUGACUGUUGGAACUAGAGGUCCAGUUCUCCUCGAGGAUUAUCAUCUGGUGGAGAAACUUGCCAAUUUUGAUAGAGAGAGAAUUCCUGAGCGGGUGGUCCAUGCUAGAGGAGCUAGUGCAAAAGGAUAUUUCGAGGUCACUCAUGAUAUCUCUCAGUUGACCUGUGCUGAUUUUCUUCGAUCUCCUGGAGUUCAGACACCGGUUAUUGUCCGUUUCUCCACUGUCAUCCCUGAGCGUGGCAGCCCUGAAACCCUUAGAGGUCCUCGAGGUUUUGCGGUUAAGUUUUACACCAGAGAGGGAAACUUUGAUCUGGUGGGAAACAAUUUCCCUGUCUUCUUUAUUCGUGAUGGAAUGAAAUUCCCAGACAUGAUUCAUGCUCUUAAACCCAACCCGAAGUCUAACAUCCAGGAGAGAUGGAGAGCAGUUGACUUCUUCUCCCACCAUCCUGAGAGUUUGCACAUGUUCACCUUCACCUUUGAUGAUGUUGGUGUUCCUCAAGACUACAGGCACAUUGAAGGCUUUGGGGUUAAUACUUAUUCCUUAAUUAACAAAGCUGGCAAGGCGCACUAUGUGAAAUUUCACUGGAAACCAACUUGCGGAGUGAAGUGUUUGCUGGAGGAGAAGGCAAUUCAUGUUGGAGGAUCAAAUCACAGUCAUGCGACUAAGGAUCUUUAUGACUCGAUUGCUGCUGGCAAUUACCCAGAGUGGAAGCUCUCCAUCCAAGUUAUAGAUACUGAUCAUGAAGACAGAUGUGACUUUGAUCCACUUGAUGUGACAAAAAUAUGGCCUGAGGACAUCUUUCCUCUGCAACCAGUAGGUCGCUUGGUAUUGAAUAAGAACAUCGAUAACUUCUUUGCAGAAAAUGAACAGCUAGCAUUUUCCCCAGCAAUUGUGGUCCCUGGUAUCUAUUACUCUGAUGAUAAGCUCCUCCAAACUCGGAUUUUCUCCUAUGCUGAUACUCAGAGACACCGCCUUGGACCAAACUAUCUUCAACUCCCUGUUAACGCUCCCAAGUGUGCUCAUCACAACAAUCACCAUGAAGGUUUCAUGAAUUUCAUGCACAGGGCUGAAGAGGUAAAUUAUUUCCCUUCGAGGUUUGAUCCUGUUCGUCAUGCGGAAAGGUUCCCUGUACCUCCAUCAGUCUUGAAUGGAAAGCGAGAUAGGUGCAUUAUUGAGAAGGACGGCAACUUCAAGCAACCAGGAGAGAGAUACCGAUCCUGGGCACCAGACAGGCAAGAGCGGUUUAUUUGCCGCUGGGUUGAAGCAUUGUCUGAACCCCGUGUUACCCAUGAGCUCCUCUCCAUCUGGAUCUCUUACUGGGCUCAGGCUGACAAAUCGCUUGGUCAGAAGCUGGCUGCUCGUCUCAAUGCCCGACCAACUAUGUGAACAUGGAGAGCUUGUUGCUACUUUGGAAGAAGCAUAAAAGCCGAGUGUGUUUGACAUGUUUGUCUGCUGUGCUGUAUCGUAAUACUAGGGGGAGGAGUUGUCAUGCAACUCUUUGACCUCACGUUUCAAUUCCAAUAAGGCUGCCAUUUGUACUUGCU